CACAUUUCUAGUGGCAAAUGUAUAGGCAUGGUAUUAACGAUAUAAUCAACUAGGGGCUCUAUGCAUUCUCUGGAAAAUAAUGCAACUUUGUGGAAGGUAAAUUCCAGUCUGCUAGCGCGUUCGAACAAACAUUAUACAUAGUUCAUUAUUUUCCAUAGACAUAGCCUCUUCUUGAGUAUCAUUUAUACCUAAUUUGAAGGAGUUAUUGACAUUGCAAUGCUUUGAAAUGCGGGAUUUUAUUUUGAAGGUUUCCUCGUUAUCAUACGAACGUGACAUCGUUUGUGCUGCGGGCAGAACACUAGUCAGUUAGUUCUAAAUACAUAGCCUAGUAGGUUGACGUUUGUUGCUCUUUCCUGUGCUGGAUUGUGCAUUGUUCUGCUUUUAUCAGUGUGACAUCCGUAUCAAGGGAUAGACUACAUUAUGUUUAUUUCAUUUGGAUGAAUCGAGCAGGCAGCAAAUUGCAAGAACUGGAUCGCUGAACCUGCCACUUGCGAGCCCAUGAUCCCGUUGACUUUUCCGCGUAUGAAGCGUACUGUAUGUUGAUGAUAUUCAAGCAUGUCAGGAAAACAAUUUAAAGGUCACGAAGUCAGUUGCUGCAUCAAAUAUUUUAUUUUUGGAUUUAACAUAAUAUUUUGGUUGCUCGGUGUGGCCUUCCUGGGGAUUGGACUAUGGGCCUGGAAUGAGAAGGGUGUUCUCUCCAACAUCUCGUCCAUCACAGACCUGGGGGGCUUUGACCCCGUCUGGCUCUUCUUGGUGACGGGAGGGGUCAUGUUCAUCCUGGGCUUUGCCGGCUGCAUCGGAGCGCUGAGGGAAAACACCUUCCUGCUCAAGUUUUUCUCUGUGUUCCUGGGGAUCAUCUUCUUCCUGGAGCUGACAGCUGGAGUGUUGGCCUUCACCUUCAAGGACUGGAUCAAGGACCAGCUCAACUUCUUCAUCAAUAACAACAUCCGGGCAUACCGUGACGACAUCGACCUCCAGAACCUUAUAGACUUCACUCAGGAAUAUUGGGAUUGUUGCGGUGCAUUCGGAGCGGACGACUGGAACCUCAACAUCUAUUUUAACUGCACGGACACCAACCCCAGCCGGGAGAAAUGUGGGGUCCCCUUCUCCUGCUGCACCAAGGACCCUGCGGAGGACGUGAUAAACACGCAGUGUGGCUAUGACGUACGAGCCAAAACGGACGUAGAGCAGAAGACCUACAUCCAUGUGAAAGGCUGUGUGCCACAGUUUGAGAGGUGGUUGCAGGACAACCUGACGGUAGUGGCUGGGAUCUUCAUAGGAGUUGCGUUGUUACAGAUAUUUGGAAUAUGCUUGGCACAAAACUUAGUUAGUGACAUCGAAGCUGUGAGAGCAAGCUGUUUAUUUACCUGAUGUCGCGGCCCAUCUUGACCCAGGAACGCACAGGUCUCUUCAGCAUGGCUACGCCAGUUUCAGAGCAUCAAAAGAUGCUAGAAGCCUGCUAGAACUGGGAAGGAUACCACCUGCACCAUAUUCCGUCAUGAUGACUGGCACAUUCUGAUCCAUUUUAAAGAUGUGUUUGGGGUUGCAAAAUUACUGUAACUUUCCAGAAAUCCCAGUUGGAAGAUUCCUCCAAUCAGGAUUUUGGGGAAUUUGGGGAAAGUUACCCACGCUUUGCAUCCCAUUUGUUCCAUGCGGUUCCAUCCAUGUGGUAAACCCUUUGUGUAGAAAUGUACAGAAAAUAACGAAGACAAAAUUAACUUGGGGGGGUGUUUGUAAAUGCACUGCAUGCCUAUCACAAUGGCAUGGACUCUCGUUUAAAUUCAUGAUGUACAGAAGUUCUUAUUGACACAGGUAUUUUUAACAGAAACGGUAGCUGUAUUUGUGGCGACACUGAGCAUUAGGGAAGAGAGUAAUGGUGCUAGAAUGCAAAUGUACAGUAGUAGUCGCAGCCCUCAAGUCGUUUGCUUUGAACUGCAGUAGCCUUGUCGGCUCAAGCGUUUUUGUGGCACAGAUGGGCAUUCGUUAUAUUUCAUGGCAUCUCUACCUGGGUGAAAUACAUACAGGUACGUUACAUACCUUAAUACUUGAGGUGGGCCUGAUUUAGCAAGAGUUUGCACUUUUGGGGGGACUAGCCGAUUGGUUCUAUUGUAACAGACAAGCUAAAUCAAGCACACUUCCAAGUAUCAAUGUAUUUGACCAAGGUCUGAUCUCUGCACUCUACAUUAAAAUGAAUUGUCAAUACAUUCAAUGAACUGAAAAACAGGGAUAGAACUUAAUGUCCAUUUCUUGCGAUGGUGUUCUUCUGUUUUCAAUACCUCUAAGUGACGUGUCAAUCUUUAGGAAUCCCUGUCACUUCAUAUUCAAUCUUGUUCUGAGGGCUGAAUGUGAUUUGUUCGAUUGCUCAGCAGGGGGAGCUUACAAUGACCAGUGAGUGAAUAAAACUAACUCACUUUCUGACAUUUGUUGGUGGUGGAGGGCGUAACACAUUGGUUGCCGUGCUGAGGGUUCCUGGCUCAAAUCCCUGUGUGCUUUCAGUUUUCUAGCUCAAUGAUCAGUGAGUGGAGUGUACAGCAGUGAGUCAAAACAAGUAAAUAAAUGCUUGUAGGGAGGUGGCAGGAGAGUUAAAUACAGGUUACGAGACUAGGCUCCUCAUGUCUUGUUUUCCAACCUGGAACUUACUUUCUAAAGUUAACCAAUCACUUUUCACAUUUCUUGUCUAACUAUUUCUUGUGACUGGUUAAAGGACCAAAACCUAAGGCUGGUGGAUGGGGUCCUGGGUGGCAGAGGUCGUAACACGAGGGUGUCCAUGCAUUAGGUCCUUGGUUCGAUUCCUGGUGUGGCUUUUAAAAUAACUUUACCAAUUACACUCCUUUCUACCCUCAGAACAAAAAAAUAAGGGUUUGAUUCAAUCUGUAUUGAGGAAGUUCAGUGCUAUAGCACGAUUGCACUCAUGGUAAACUUUGCAUAUAGGCUCAACAGCUUCUACCCCCAAGCCAUUAGACUGCUGAAUAAUUCAUAAAAAUAGCCACUGGAAAAUGUACACUGAUCUCCCCUUUUGUACACUGCUGCGACUUGCUGUUUGUUUGUUACUUAUGCAGUCACAUCAUCCCCACCUACAUGUACAUAUUACCUCAACUAGCCUGUACCCUUGCACACUGACUCGGUACCAGUGCCCCAUGUAUAUAGCCUAGUUAUUCUUAUUUUUUUAUUUUUUGCCUAUUUGGUAAAUAUUUUCUUCUUCUUGAACUGCAUUGUUGGUUAAGCGCUUGUAAGUAAGCAUUUCAAGGUAAAGUCUACACUUGUUGUAUUCGGCACAUGUGACAGUUUGAUUUGAUAAAUCGGCCUUAUCACAAACUACCUUUAAAUUUCAAAUCGCGCUGAACUUCUGCGAUAAUGAUUGAAUCGAGCCCUUUGUUUUUCUUUCAUUCCCAUGAAAUAAAUCAUUUUUGUUGACCUGCUGACAUUGUUAACAGUGCUAAUAAUUAAUAAAGGGAAUUGGCAUCUUUC